AUGGCCCGCCUGCUUAGGGCUGCAACCUGGGGGCUAGUCCCCUGGAGGGGCUAUUGCUCCAAGUCACAGCAGGGUGAACUCAGCGAGGGCUUUGUGGAGGCCUUGAAGGCCAUAGUGGGGAGCCCCCACGUGUCCACGGCUGCCGUGGUCCGCGAGCAGCAUGGGCAUGAUGAGUCGAUGUACAGGUGCCAUCCUCCAAAUGCUGUGGUGUGGCCCCAGAAUGUGGACCAGGUCAGCCGGCUGGCAGCCUUGUGUUACGGCCAAGGCGUGCCCAUCAUCCCAUUCGGCACUGGCACUGGGCUUGAAGGCGGAGUCUGUGCCAUGCAGGGCGGUGUCUGCAUUAACCUAACCCAUAUGGACCGAAUCGUGAAGCUGAAUUCAGAAGACUUCUCUGUGGUGGUGGAGCCUGGUGUCACCCGCAAAGCUCUUAACACCCACCUGCGGGACACCGGCCUCUGGUUUCCUGUGGACCCAGGUGCAGAUGCCUCUCUCUGCGGCAUGGCAGCCACUGGGGCUUCAGGCACCAACACUGUGCGCUAUGGCAACAUGCGGGACAAUGUGCUCAACCUGGAAGUGGUGCUGCCCGAUGGGAGGCUGCUGCACACCGCGGGCCGAGGCCGCCACUUUCGGAAGAGUGCAGCCGGCUACAAUCUCACAGGGCUCUUUGUGGGCUCUGAGGGGACGCUGGGCCUCAUCACAGCUGCCACCCUGCGCCUGCACCCUUCCCCUGAGGCCACGGUGGCCGCCACCUGUGCAUUCCCCAGUGUCCAGGCUGCUGUGGACAGCACUGUAAACAUCCUCCAGGCUGCAGUACCUGUGGCCCGCAUUGAGUUCCUGGAUGACGUUGCGAUGGAUGCCUGCAACAGGCACAGCAAGCUGAACUGCGCUGUGGCGCCUACGCUCUUCCUCGAGUUCCAUGGCUCUGAGCAGGCACUGGCGGAGCAACUGCAGCGGACAGAGGAGAUCACCAGGAACAACAGAGCCUCCCACUUCUCCUGGGCUAAGGAGGCCGAAGAGCGCAGCAGGCUCUGGGCAGCACGGCACAACGCCUGGUAUGCAAUCCUGGCCCUGAGGCCAGGCUGCAAGGGCUAUUCCACUGACGUAUGUGUGCCCAUCUCCCGGCUGCCAGAGAUCCUGGUGCAGACCAAGGGGGAUCUGAAGGCCUCGGGACUCACAGGAGCCAUUGUUGGGCAUGUGGGUGAUGGCAACUUCCACUGCAUCCUGUCAGUCAACCCGAAUGAUGCCGAGGAGCUCCACAGAGUCAAAGCCUUUUCAGAACAGCUGGGCAGGCAGGCACUGGCGCUCCAUGGGACAUGCACCGGGGAGCAUGGCAUUGGGCUGGGCAAGCGGCAGCUGCUGCAGGAGGAGGUGGGCACCGUGGGCAUGGAGACUAUGCAGCAGCUCAAAGCCAUGCUGGACCCCCGAAACCUCAUGAACCCAGGCAAGGUGAUAUAAGGGGCUCAAGUACUCGGCCCACAAGCCCCCAGAUUAUGAAGCCUCUGUUCUGGAACCUUCUUCAUGCCACCAACCCUGCGGGAUGGACUGUGGCCGAUGCUGUCUUCACCACCAGCCAGCCCUAUGUAUCUGGGGCUUUGAUGAGGAGAAAAGCCUGGGUACCUGGAUCCUCCCUGGUCCCCUUUAUUAUCCCCAAGAUCCUUUGGUCCAGUAAGUGACCCAGCCCGGUUCCUGGAGAAGCUGCUUCCCUCUGCUCUUACACAUCCUGUUCUGGCUGGGAGAAGCAGUGUGGGUCCAGCCCAAGAUUUAGAUGAUGCCCCUCUGGGCCGGCCCGUGGCUCACUUGGGAGAGUGUGGGGCUGACAACACCAAGUGAAGAGUUAAGAUCCCCUUACCGGUCAUCUUUAAAAAAAAAAAGAUGAUGCCCCUCCAUCAAGGCCUCCCCACUGCUGGGGACCCAGGACAAAGUCUGAAGGGACCCAGCACCCUUUGCCCUAUACCUAGUGACAGGAACACUCCUUUCCCAGUAUGGGACGGGAAUUCCCACUCCACAUUGAUAAGUCUUCCCCCAAA